CUGAUUGGAGGGGGUCCGGGGCCGCGGCCGCGGGCGGGGCCGGAAGGUGACCGGCAACAUGGCGGCCGCACCGCUACUGCGGGACCGUCUGAGCUUCCUGCAGCGGCUCCCGGUCCUGCUGAAGGGAACGUCGGACGACGAUGUCCCGUGUCCUGGGUACUUGUUCGAGGAGAUCGCUAAGAUCUCCCACGAGUCCCUGGGCAGCAGCCAGUGCCUCCUGGAGUACCUUCUGAACCGUCUGCACAGCGGCUCCGGCCGCGUGAAGCUCAAGGUGCUGAAGAUCCUGCUGCACCUGUGUGCCCACGGCUCCGCAUCCUCCCUGCUUAUCCUCAAACGCAACCCGGCCUUCAUCCAGGAAGCCGCAGUGUUCUCGGGGCCCCCGGAUCCUCUCCAUGGGAACAGCUUGUACCAGAAGGUGCGCGCAGCUGCCCAGGACUUGGGGAGCGCCCUGUUCUCUGACAGCUUGUCGCCUCCACCUCCCUCCCAGCCGCCCAGGGCCCUGCCUCCAGCGGGCAUGGGCUCGCAGUCCAGACCCCAGAGCGCCCUCCAGGGCUUCGGCUACAGCAAGGAGCGGGGCCACGUGGGCUCUGCGGGCGAAGCCUUCCUCUCCACCAUCCAGAAGGCUGCGGAGGUGGUGGCCAACGCUGUGCGCCCUGGGCCCGAGAGCCCCCGCACCCAGAGCUCCCUGCCGCGGGGAGAUGCCUACCAGCCUGCCAUGACGCUUUCGGCCGGCGGCGGCCCGGGUGCUGGGAAGCCGCUCCCUGGCGCCCUCCCAGGUGCCCGAGGAAAUGUCCUGAGACCCCAGCCUGGGCAGGCUGGAGGGGGCUGGGAUGAGCCAGACACCAGCUCCAGCUCCCAGACGUCCUCCCAGGACAACGGAGAGCCGAGCAAGGCCUCGGACUCAGGCAGUCAGUCUGGCAGUGACAGCCCCUCGGCGGCCAGCCAGGCACCCAGCGACCUGGCAGAGCGGGUGGAGGCCGUGGCCCUGAGUGACUGCCGGCAGGAGCAGAGCCUGGUCCAGACUGUGACACACGGGCCGCGCGCCUUUCUGAGCCGAGAGGAGGCCCAGUGCUUCAUCAAAGAGUGUGGAUUGCUCAACUGUGAGGCCGUGCUCGAGCUGCUGACCCGCCGCCUGGAUGGGACCAGCGAGUGCGUGCAGAUGAGAGCGCUGGGCGCCAUUGCAUCCCUGGGGCGCACUGACCUGCUCUCCCAGGAGCACAUCCUGCUUCUCACCCGGCCGCGGCUACAGGAGCUCAGUGCGGGCAGCCCGGGACCUGUGACCAGCAAGGCCACCAAGAUCCUGAGGCAUUUUGAAGCCUCCUGCCGACAGCGGCCCCCUGCCCGGAGGCCCCCAGCUGAGCUGGGCCCCGCUGCUGCCCCCGUGGGCCUGUCUGACCUGCUGACCGAUGCUGUGCCUUUCGCUGGGAGCCAAGCCUUCCUGCGGCCUCUGAGUCCCACCCUCCUGUCGCCCAAGGGCUCCGUGCAGUCCCCUCCCCUGGAUGGCUCCUCCCUCUUGGUCCCCGGGGAGUCUGGGGAGGCAGAGACCAGACUGACAGGUCCCGGAGAGCAGGGGGCCCCCUCUGAGUGGAGCCCAUUCGGCACAGGCUCCCCAAAAGGAGCACCAGCACUUAGCCUGGAGCCCGGCCACGGCCUGCAGAGCCCGGCGGCCAGUGGUGGCUGUAGCUCCUUGUUCGUCGGAAUGGAGCUGGUGGCUUGUCCCCGCCUGGUGGGGGCCGGGACUACCACAGGAGAGGGCCCCGAGGCCCCGUGGACGUUGUCGCAGAAGGUGGCAGCGAGAGAGCCUCCUGGCCCAGAGUCGUCAGCUUUCCCGUUUCUAAACUCAUGACCUGGCCGGCCUGGGCUGCACAUGGGGUCCUCACUGCCCCUCCCCUGUAACUCCCAGGACCCCGUGACUUCGUACCGUACUGUUUGCACACAGCCCCCAUGUCCCACUGAAGAGAGGUUCCCCUUGGGCAUCUGCUGCGGACCCUGCUC